AGUACUCACAAAUCACCCCGAUAUGAGAGUAUGAACAGAAACGUGUCUGAGAACAUAUUCUGCUCUCUUCAUGUUUACUGUGCUUUUAUCGUUCUUCUGCCACCCCAAAGCUUUUCACUGAAGCUUUUUCACUCACUCCUCUUGCUUCAUUGUGGCAAGAUCUGCAUAGAGUGUAAGGGGGAAACAUGUCAGUAAUAGUUCUGACCUGGAAAAGAUUCAUUUGGAGGUGCCAAGCUGCUUAUUUCCACAUCUGUGUCUUCCUGUCAACUUAAAAGGUGAUCAGUGAGGAGCAGAGAGAAGGAGGUAAGACCACAGAGAGGAAAGGAUGGGAGGGAGAGAGAGAGAGAGAGAGCAGGCACUUCCACCCAGCUCCUCUCCAACAGCCCAAUUCCUCCCUCUCCUCCAGGUCGAGCGGAGCAGAAGCAGUGCGCAAUAGGACUUUAACUGAGGACAACGCGCGCGUCAAAAAAAGGAUCUGAGAUUUCCCGGGGAUUAGUCGCCAAAGACGUGGGAGAAACGGAUGCACUUCUGCAGAGAAAGAGUUGUCAUUAUAGACACGAGAGUCGGGAACAAGUCCGUGGCUUCAGCAGAUUUCGAAGCUUUCGUUUCAGUUGUUCAGGACGCACCAAGGAACGCACCAGGGAACGCACCUGUCCGCCGUUCACACUCUCCUUCAUUCCUUGUCUCUCUCUCUGGAGAUAAAAAACAAGUGCGUAAAAUUUGACCGUUUUUACGCACGGUGACACGCCGCGCUGGAGAUACACGGAUACGGUCCUGUGCGCACGAUGCUGAUCGGUACAUCGGCCCAGGGUGGGUCCCUUCUGGCUUCCCUCCCUAUGCCAGGACGACCUCUGCAGCCUCAGCUUGACCUCAAGCACCUCCUGCCCUUCAGACUUAAUGGAUCCUCCCCCCUCAGCCUCUUCCCCAACUUCAAUACGAUGGACCCUGUCCAGAAGGCGGUGAUCAACCACACGUUUGGUGUCCCACAGCCGCUCAAGAAGAAACAGAUUAUCUCUUGCAACAUUUGCCACCUGCGCUUUAACUCAACGAACCAAGCAGAAGCCCACUAUAAGGGCCACAAGCACGCACGGAAACUCAAAGCCAUAGAGGCCCAGAAAAACAGGCAGCGACGAACUGGCGAGGCCUCGUGCACCGGGAGAGAAAGAGACCGAGACAGAGACCGAGACCGGGACCGGGACAGGAGCAAGGCGUCAACGAUCGAGGUGGCUCUCCCCGCCCUCAUGGAUACGAGCUUAGUGGAGGGAACAGGUCUUAAGAGUGAUCCGGAACCAGCCAACUUGGAGGUGAAAAUCGACGAGAGUCCUCGGAGUUCAGUGAUGCUGACGCCAGUAUCAGAUGUUUCCUCGGUUGAGUUGGUCACCCUUUCCCCUCCUGAGAUUUCACCUUCCUCACAGCUCUUUGAAACUGCCUCAGACACCAGCGCCACAGAAGUACCAGAGGCCGCUGAGGCCACAGGCCUGACAGCUGAGUCAGGCAGCCAUGCAGACACAUCGAGCACAAAUGGAGAGCCACUUACAGAUGAGGACAAGGAGCCCAAGAAAAGCAAAGCUCACCUCCAUUGUCCUGUUUGUAAAGUGACAGUCAACUCCGUCUCCCAAAUGGAAGCACAUAAUAGUGGUACAAAGCACAAACUGAUGCUGGAAGGUCACAGUGUUCUGCCCCGACGCAGAGGGAAGGUGGUGGCAGCUCGUGCUGGGUGUAAGAGCAAGCGACUUGGCAGCAAAGGCAGUGUCGGGGUGCCCAGCAAGAACUUCCAGUGUGAAGUGUGUGAAAUCUGUGUGAACUCUGAGACCCAGCUGAGCCAGCACAUGAAUAGCAGAAGGCACAAGGAUCGGCUGGCCGGAAAACCACCCAAACCCAAAUUCACCCCCCACACCAAGAGCCAGCCAAGCUCAAGCUUAGCGAACGUGAGAUGGAGUGGCUAUGCAGGCGUGGCUGUGUCGGCCAUGAAGAAAACGUUCAGCCAGUACAACCUCGCCUCCCUCUCCCCGCAGACCAAACUGGCCUUGCAGAAGCAGCUGACCAAGAGCUUGACAACUGGCUUCCUGCCUAGUCCCCUCACCUCGCCAACUCUGUGCACAUUGGCAACUAACCCACUGGCCCUGCGCCACCCAGUGGGCACCACCACCUUCAUCCAGACCCCCUUCCUGAGCCCCGCACUGUUUCGGCCUGCCCCGGGGCCACUGCGGGCCACACACACACCCUUCAUCUUCUCCCCUUACUAAAGACUUAACCCAUAUCCAGUUUGAACUCCUCCCCCUUGUCCCCUUACCCGAACCCCAGGCCCGACUUAAGUGUGACCCACGUGAAAAGGCCACACACAAACUAUGCAGCACGCCUGACUUAAGAUGGAAACAGUGCACAAGUCCUGAUGCUCGGUCGGCCAUGAGGCCCAAAAGAGCUGUUCCUAUCGUAAAGGCCAAGAUCCCCUGUCAUGCCUUCUUUCUGCUCCUCUGAUCGUGACCUACAGAGCAACACAGGCCUCCAGGCAGUGACUGGCGCACAGAGACAGAGGUCACUUUUAUAGCCAUUUCAUGGGUCGACAUGGUUUGGAUUAUCGAUAUAAACGUGUAAUUUAUUAGAGAACAAAUAUAGUCUAGUUGUAUGUUUAGUGUGGUUGCCACAAAAUAAGGUCCCUUUACUUGAUGCUCUUUCAACAAUGUUUUUAACUUAUUGGUUUUGGGCCGGGUUAAUUAAAAAAAAAAGGCUAGGAGAUCAUUCAUCACACCGUACGUGGGUCGUUACCUGAGCUGAAACUGUUUACUUCUGUACAACUGGACAAGCCACGCGUUUGUUGAUACAAACUCGCAGGAUAAUCUGGAAAUAAUCCCAGAUAUGAGCAUUAUCAAACAACUUGUUACAACAAGCACUGCUUCUCUUUAAAAAAAAAACAAAAAAACUGUAAAGGACACAUAUUGUGUGUCUUCUUUGUGGAUGGUAUGUGGAUCUUUAACUGCAUACUGUAUAGCCAUAUGCUUACGCACCGUUUUGUAGCCCCAGCCUUCUCUGUAAGUUUCCCCCGAGCCCUGAGAAAGACGUCUCCCACUCUUUUCCUUCUUUCAUCCUUUCUGAGUCACAGACACAGUCAUGAUUUUCCUUUUCUGUAUCCACCAGGUUUACGCACUCAUUAAGGACCAGAAAAGGUCAACUUGUCAACUUGACUUUGUUUCAAUUUGCAAAUCUUCAAACUUUUUGCUCCAGUGCAUCGGUCGGGAGCAGUGCAUCGGUGGUGGCCCCGCCGACCCCCCCCCCCCCCCCCGAAAAAAAGCUUGAAGCAUGAAAACAUUUGUGCAGCUCUGGAUGUGUUAACACUGCAUCACCUCUCCCCAUCCCCCUGUGACUGCUCUUUGUCUUUUUUUCUCCCCGCUUCUUUCACCCUGCCGUCAUCACCUCGCUGCUGCCCUUGAUUUUCUCUGACGUUAUCUCAGCACGAGAUGAUUAGGAACACCCCCCACCACAACAUACACACACACACACACACACACACUUGAGGAAAACACAGCGGAUAACUUGAAGAGAUAAUGGGAUUUCAGAGCUUUGUGAAAAGUUUUGGAUGGCAGUGGGUGGGGAGGCUGCUCAGCCAGCAGGCCACUUGAUUGACAUCCCAUUGCAGUGUCUGCAUACUGCGUGGGAGGGAGAAAAGAACAGUGCCAUGGCAACCACAUUAAAAAAAGCACCUUAAACUGAUUUACUUAGAGAAGCAAUGGAAAUGGUGUUGAUGUUCACCUUUUUAUGCUCCAGAUGUAUGUUUUUACAAACACAUGCCAAUUACAGUGUGAAAGAAAAAUGAACAAUCAGGUGAGAAUGAUCACUUUUUUUUUUUUCCUUUUUAGUUUAUCCACGACUAAGACAUUUAAAGCAAUACAUUUGGUAUGUUUUAUGUUUAUACUGUGUUCUCGGUGCGUCUGUGGCUUUAUCGUCGUCUACACUUGUAAUAAUAAUAAUAAUAAUAACAAUAAUAAUGAUAAUGUAUGUGUACUUUUCAAACGUAGCCAAGGGUCCACUCUGAAUUGUCAGGUCAUUUGGAACGACGUGCUGUCCUGAUGGUGCUGAUGGUGCUGAUGGUGCUGCCCUUGAUGCUCGACGCUCACCUUCACAUGUUUUGACCGUUUAAAGAGCUUAUGAGCAGAGUGGUAGCUGAGAGAGAGAGAGAGAGAGAGAGAGAAAGUGUCUUCAGUGUCACAUGACAUUGCUACUUUGCUUUUUUUGUGAUAACUUCUGUACAACUUCUACUGAGCAGAACAACAGCGCGUCAAGCGAGACGAGGAGUGUUUGGGACAAGUGUCACAAGUGCAACGUCAACUGUCAUUUUGCUGUUGAGGCUCUUUGUGCUGUCUCUCCCCCCUCACUCUCUCACUCACCCUCUCACCCUCUCGCCAUGUGGAUGUCAGUGCACCGUCUGCCAAAAUGGACUGCUGGGAAGGUCUCAUAAGGACGUGGAGCGCACGCAUCCUCCCCAUCUUUCCCAUCUGUCACCGCUCGUACCAAAUCGUCGUAAAUUACAGUAAUGGAACAAACCCUAUGCAUUUGUCAUUGUGCAGUACGUGUCGUUGUCUGUGAUGCAGCAGUGCCAUCUGUCGUGAAAGCCCCGUAAUUGCCACGCAAUUUGUAUUUGUAUUUGUUUCAUCAUCAUCAUCAUACGUGCGUUUCUGUUUAAAGGAAGCCCCUCAGUCUUUUUCUCGGUAAGCGAUCGCCAUACUGAUGUGAUUCUCCCCAGUCACACUACUCAGUGAACCAGCCAGCCUUUAAACGUCACUGUUCGGUUUGUUUGUUUGUUUGUUCGAUCGAUCACUCGUCGGGAACUCCGAGACCUAAAGAAGCGAGACUUUUCUUCAACUAGAGAAUCUAGAGAAGGCAAAUUAUAUGUAGAAAUCAUAGAGUAACUAUAGAAGAUUUUUAUCAGAGAUGUUAAUGUUAUCUGUAUCACGAUGAACUAUCAUAGACAAGAGUAGAUUAUGUUAUUAUGAACUCCUUAUGACAUACAGGGAAAGGGAGAAAAAAGUGCUUUCUGUUUGUUUUCCUUUUGUUUAUUUACAUGGUUUUACAAAUAUGUUUUUUAAAAGUCUACGAGAAAAUAUUUAAAACUUUUCUUUUUCAGCUUUUUAUUUUCCUUCCUCGUUGAUGGUGUCUGAAUUAAUAAUAGCAUUAUUUCUUCUUCUUUUUUUUAAGAAAACAUCCUAAAGUCACAUUAGCCAGGCCUUCUCAGGGGUGACAGGUUGAGCAAAUGCUAACAUGACCAUCCAUUCAGGGUAUCCCUCCACAGCUCGAGAGAGAGCAGGAAACACUGUACACAUGGAUGGUUUGACACACACAAAAAAAAACUUACAGUGCUGUACAUUAGAGAGGACAAGUGAUGGAUUUUGGAAAAUAAAGCUUUUAGAACUUGUAA